AUGCCUUCCAGUCACUUGCUUCUCGAGGAACCAAUUAGGAUGGCUUCCAUCCUAGAGCCAUCAAAAGCCAGCUUUUUUUCUGCGAUGACAAAGAUUGUUGGUACAUUGGGUCCUAAAUCUCGAUCUGUUGAGACUAUUUCUGGCUGUCUUAAAGCUGGGAUGUCUGUGGCUCGUUUUGACUUUUCAUGGUGUGAUCCAGAGUAUCACCAGGAAACUUUGGAGAAUUUGAAGAUUGCUAUUAAGAGUACUAAGAAGCUCUGUGCUGUUAUGCUGGACACGGUGGGUGCGGAGAUGCAGGUUGUUAACAAAAGUGAGACAACUAUCACACUUGAGAUAGAUGGUCAGGUUGUUCUAACUCCAAACCAGGGACAAGAAGCUUCUUCAGAGAUUUUGCCAAUCAACUUUGAUGGACUAGCUCAGGCAGUGAAGACGGGAGACACUAUUUUCAUCGGUCAAUACUUGUUCACAGGAAGUGAAACUACUUCUGUAUGGCUAGAGGUAUCCGAAGUCAAAGGCAAUGAUGUUGUAUGUAUCAUUAAGAACUCAGCUACAUUGACAGGGUCAUUGUUCACUUUGCACGCCUCUCAAAUUCAUAUUGAUUUACCUACUCUUACUGAGAAAGACAAGGAGGUUAUAAGCACAUGGGGAGCUAAAAACAAAAUCGAUUUUCUGUCAUUGUCAUAUACUCGACAUGCUCAAGAUGUUCGCGAGGCUCGUGAGUUCCUUUCCAAGUUGGGCGAUCUUAGCCAGACUCAAAUCUUUGCAAAAAUUGAAAAUGUUGAGGGAUUGACCCAUUUUGAUGAGAUUUUGCAAGAAGCUGAUGGUAUUAUCCUUUCCCGUGGGAAUUUGGGUAUUGAUCUUCCACCAGAGAAGGUUUUUCUAUUUCAAAAAUCUGCUCUACAAAAGUGUAAUAUGGCUGGGAAGCCUGCUGUGCUUACACGUGUUGUGGACAGUAUGACUGACAACUUACGACCAACUCGUGCUGAAGCCACUGACGUUGCCAAUGCUGUUUUAGAUGGAAGUGAUGCAAUUCUUUUGGGUGCUGAGACUUUACGUGGAUUGUACCCCGUGGAGACUAUUUCUACCGUUGGCAGAAUUUGUUCAGAGGCCGAGAAAGUUUUCAACCAAGAUGUUUAUUUUAAAAGGACGGUCAAACAUGUUGGAGAACCCAUGACCCACUUGGAAUCAAUUGCAUCCUCUGCGGUUCGUGCUGCUAUUAAGGUGAAGGCUUCUAUUAUAAUUUGCUUCACUUCAUCUGGAAGGGCUGCAAGGUUGAUUGCAAAAUAUAGGCCAACAAUGCCGGUUCUCUCUGUGGUGAUCCCCCGACUUAAGACAAAUCAGCUUAAGUGGAGCUUUAGUGGAGCUUUUGAGGCAAGGCAGUCACUUAUUGUAAGAGGUCUCUUUCCUAUGCUUGCUGAUCCUCGACAUCCUGCUGAGUCAACAAGUGCAUCAAAUGAAUCUAUUCUUAAGGUUGCCCUUGAUCACGGAAAAGCAUUGGGAGUCAUAAAGUCACACGACCGAGUUGUUGUUUGUCAGAAACUUGGUGAUGCAUCCGUAGUUAAGAUUAUCGAGCUCGAAGAUUAA